UCGUCGUGUACUGGCUUGGCUUGAUCUCACUUCAAAAUCCCCAUCGACCCCCCUUACAAGCCAGGCUGUUACUUGACCCCUUCCCGACUGGUUAUUCAUAGUUGCUACCAUUGGACGUCUUGGUGGCGGUGGUUCACUCCAUAAUUUGAAAACAAAGUAGAUUUUCUGCAUCAAAAUGGGUGCUUCAGCAUCAGUCCCACAGAAAUCAAUCCAUGAAUUCGCAGUCAAGGACAGCAAGGGUCAGGAGGUGGACCUCAGUAUUUAUGUAGGGAAGGUCCUCCUUGUUGUCAAUGUCGCUUCCAAAUGUGGGUUUACACAGUCCAACUAUACCCAGUUGACUGAGCUGUACGACAAAUACAAAAAUAAAGGUUUUGAGAUCUUGGCAUUUCCAUGCAAUCAAUUCAUGAAACAAGAGCCUGGGACAAGCCAGGAGGCGCAGGAGUUUGCUUGUACUAGAUUUAAGGCUGAAUAUCCGAUCUUCCAAAAGGUACGUGUCAAUGGAUCAGAUACAGCCCCUGUCUACAAAUUCCUCAAAGCACAUAGUGGUGGUUUUUUUGGAUAUAGUAUCAAAUGGAACUUCACCAAGUUCUUAGUUGAUAAGGAAGGUCAAGUCAUCCAUCGUUAUGCCCCAACCACUGCACCAUUAGCGAUUGAGGCAGACAUCCAGAAAGCAUUGGGAGUGGUGUGAGAGAUGAUAUUCGGCUUAUAAGAUGGACUGGCUCAGGGCAAAAUAUACUUGUAGAGAGAAUCUAUGCUGUAAGCCAAAUUGUUUAUUCCUUUGAAUGGUCAUCCCCUU